UAAAAAUGCACAGCGAAGCCCCAGAAUUAAAAAGAUGUUGUUUCUGCUUGCCGUUAAGAAGAGGCCUGAUUGUUUGGGGAUAUACUAAAGUGGUACUCGACAUUUUGGCCAUUAUAUACAGUGGGUUCAUAAUGUAUAUUUAUGCGACCAGGUCUUGGAGACCUAUGGAGGUCAGAGAUUUUGUGAUUGUGUCAAUAAUUGACAUCUGUAUACUCCUAGAUAUGGCCUUCGGUAUUAUCCUUAUAGUCGCUGGACACAAGAAAAAUGUGAAUUUGCUGAAAAUAUCCUACAUAUACAACAUGGUGUGGCUGGGCUUACUGACGCUGGGAAACUGCUUCCAACUGUACAUAAACAUCAGUAUCGCUUACAUACAAUGGACAGUCAUAAAUCACAACAAAUAUGUUGUCUUCGACAUGCUCAUGAGUUCAGGAUUCGCUUUCAGUCUUAUUUUUGUACAAAUAUACCUGAUAUUGUUGAUACGCAGCGAGAUGAUAAAACUAAGGCAGCAGACCUUAGAAAUGCAAUAUACGAACCAUACAACCUCAGGCGAGCCGCAGUGCACACUUCACAACACAACUGCCCAAUGCACAGAUGGGGAACAAGUAGUGCAGAACUGUUGCACGGAUAAGAAACCAGGUGUGGAGGACUGUUGCACGGACAAGGAACAAGUUGUGCAAAACUGUUGCACGACAGAGAAAUGUAAUGAAGUUUAA